CAAGUCCGAAGCGCUAGCAACCCCUUCUUCAAUCCCAUCCCUAUAAAUUUCCAGUCACUUCACUCGCAUUGCCAUCUGCACUCAAUUUUACUUCCGCAGUCACAAGGGAAUCUUAAGCCUUAGCCAUCACAGGAGGAAGAAGAGCCUUUUACUAACAUAAAAUUUGCGAUCUUUGUGGGAGUGAGCUGGAUAAUUUCUUUGUUAUGAAUGAAUUUGUGUGAUCAGGAUAUUGGUUCUAUUCUUAAUCAGCAGUUGCAGGAGGUGGAUAUUGGAGGAUAUUGUUUCACAUUUGUUUUAGUUCGACCCAUGGAUUGGAAACUGUAAUUGUGGUGUGGGCAUCAAGAAAUUUCGUUGCUUUGAUCCCCUUCAUAUAUAGUUCACCGUUUGCCUUUUGCUUUAUGUAGGUCUAGAAAUAUCAUGUCCAGUGGAGCCUACUAACCUUGCUAGGGGAAAGCAGCAAAAAUUCUUCCAAAGAUAUUCCAGGUUUGGUUUCAGUACAUCUAAUUAUAAACUAUAAUGGAGAGAAUUUGGGUUGGUGCUGGUUUAGAUAGAAUCAGUGACCUUCCAAGUAAUGUGAUAGACCACAUCCUAGCAUGUUUGCCAUUGAAAGAUGCUGUGAGGACCAGUGCAUUGUCAAAGAAGUGGAAGGAAAAAUGGCAUACAGUACCACAUAUUAUAGUUGAUGAGCACUUGUUCCAUGAAAGGUCACAACGGAAACUUGAGGGCAUAAUCAAUUACAUCCUCACUAGACAUGAAGGGAAAAUUGAGAAAUUUUCUCUGUCUAUUGAAAAAGUGAAAGACUGUUACAACAUGAAGUUGUGGAUAUGGAGGCUAUCAGAGAAGUCAAUUAAGGAACUCUCCCUCAUUAUCCGGAGAGGUCAGCACAAUGAAGUACCAUCUCAUUUGUUUUCAUGUCAGCAAUUGAGAACGUUAAACCUCUGUCGAUUUGAGGUUAAACAUGCACAUUCAUUUAAAGGAUUUAAUAAUCUUAUUAGCCUUCAGUUGAACAAAGUUAACAUAGAAACUGCCAUUUUUGAAAGGCUUAUUUCUAGAUGCCCAGUGCUGGAACGAUUGACUGUAAGAAACUUGAACUGUAUUGACCAUCUUCACAUCAAUGUCCCCAAUCUCAAGUACUUUCGCUUUGAUGGAGAAUUCAAAUCUAUGUGUUUCAACACUCCACUUCUUGAGGUCUUUUCUAUCAAUUUAUAUAGAAUUGGUUCUGAGAAUAACCAGUUUGAUCUAAGAUUCAAAUUCCGCGGUCUGCCACCUGCAAUUAAGGAGCUUUAUGUGCGAUGUCAAUUUCAGAAGUUCUUGGCUGCAGGUGAUACAUUCAUGGAAGUUUCAAAUUCUUAUAGCCACCUGAGAACCCUUGGAAUCAAUGCAUUUUGUUUUGAAAAGGUGGAUGAAGUCGCAAGUGUGCUGUCUUUGAUUGGAGGUGCCUCAAGUUUACAAAUACUUGAUAUAAAAGCAUGCAAGUGCAAAAAUGAAGCUGUUUCUGAACCUAUUCUACAAUUUUGGGAAGAGCAAAAACAUUCUCCUUUAUCCUUGAACCAAUUGCAGAAAGUGACGGUGAGAUCUUUCCAUGGUAAAGAUUUUGAGAUAAGGUUUGUCCAAUUUGUGCUGGAAAAUUCACCUAUCCUCGAGGAGAUUACUAUUGAAUGCAUGAAGAAUCCUGAUUUCAAUCAGGAUGAAGUAAAGGCAUUAUUGAUGCCAUUUUGUAUGGCUUCAACAGAACUCAAUUUGGUUGGAGGGACCUAUGAUCCUGGCAGUGAUGAUUCCUCAGAUUCCGAUAACAGCUCAAACGGUUCGUACUCUUCUGAUAGUGAUUAGUUGACCGGCAUCCUUAUUCUGAUUUGCAAAUAACACGGAAAGAAUGCUGGAGUUGUUUGAUCUCAAAUUUUUGCAUUUAAGGCAGAUUGUCUUUGGUUUUGGAUUUAGAAUUGCAUCGCAAUGAGCAACUCGCUGUUUAAAGUUUACAUGAAUAAAUUGAUGAAUGCAUCUUUUGUGCAUAUAUUUUCACUUCA